UUUUUUUCGCCGCCGCCGCCGCCGCCGCCACCGCUGCCCUUGCCGCGGCCCCUGCCCGCCCAGCCAUGCCCAACAUCGUGCUCUUCAGCGGCAGCUCGCACCAGGAUCUGUCCCAGCGCGUGGCCGACCGGCUGGGGCUGGAUCUGGGGAAAGUGGUGACGAAGAAAUUCAGCAACCAGGAGACCAGUGUAGAGAUUGGUGAGAGCGUAAGAGGGGAAGAUGUCUACAUCGUCCAGAGUGGUUGUGGUGAAAUAAACGACAAUUUGAUGGAGCUUCUCAUCAUGAUCAAUGCUUGCAAGAUUGCGUCGUCCUCCCGAGUUACAGCAGUAAUCCCAUGUUUCCCUUACGCUAGGCAAGAUAAGAAAGACAAGGACCAAGGUAGAUGGAGCCGCGCUCCCAUAUCUGCAAAACUUGUCGCCAACAUGUUAUCAGUUGCUGGAGCAGAUCACAUCAUCACCAUGGAUUUGCACGCUUCCCAGAUACAGGGUUUCUUUGAUAUCCCAGUGGACAACCUGUAUGCAGAACCAGCUGUGUUGCAGUGGAUCAAAGAAAAUAUUGUAGACUGGAGAAACUGUGUCAUUGUCUCACCAGAUGCGGGAGGAGCAAAAAGAGUCACUUCAAUUGCUGACAGACUGAAUGUCGAGUUUGCCCUGAUUCACAAAGAGAGGAAGAAAGCCAACGAAGUGGACCGGAUGGUCUUGGUUGGGGAUGUGAGCAACCGCGUAGCCAUUCUUGUAGACGACAUGGCAGACACAUGCGGCACAAUAUGUCACGCUGCGGACAAAUUAGUGUCUGCUGGAGCAACUAAGGUUUAUGCUAUUCUCACUCAUGGGAUCUUCUCUGGCCCUGCUAUUUCGCGGAUCAACAAUGCUGCCUUUGAAGCAGUCGUCGUCACCAACACGAUCCCACAGGAAGAAAAAAUGAAGCAUUGUCCCAAGAUUCAGGUUAUUGAUAUUUCUAUGAUUUUGGCUGAGGCGAUCCGAAGAACACACAACGGUGAAUCUGUGUCGUACCUGUUCAGCCACGUCCCACUAUAACUGCAAACCAGCUUUGGCAUGCUGCAUUCUGGGGGGGGGGGACACGCACAUCAGAUAAUGCAGCUGAUUAUGAAGAUGACAAAUGUCUACGAAAAGCUUCAGCUCAACCACACCUUUGUUCCUUCUUUUAAUAUGGACAAUAACUAAACUGGGCAAAUAUGUGUAUUAUUUUUGCUUAACUUUUUAUAAAUUCUCUUUGGAUUUUUAAAAGAGAAAACUAUGAUUUUUGCCUGUGAUCUAUUAAGAUGUGCAUAUAUCAUAUGGGAAAACAGUGAGACAAUAUUUUUGCUAAGGCCAAAAGUUAGCUCGGGUUGGUAACCUGAGAGACAUGCACUUGGCUGAGAGUUAACUGUGCCACACUUAGAACAGAAACUUGUACUCAUUUACAGAUUUAGAUUAAAUGGCCUGUGAAAUUCCCUUCUGACAAAAUCAGUGUCUAUCUUAAGCUUGCAGAUAGUUUGUGGUCGGGUAAUAAUUUUUUGCACCUCUUGAAGUGCCCCUGGCACAAAGAUGAACUUAGGCUGCCCUCUCAUCCUGAGAAAUCACUGCACCGAAAUGCUUCUAAACAGCUAUGACCCGGGAUAGCAUAGUACAGUGCUUCAUGGAUUGCUGAGUUAUGGCUGCACAUGCAGCCAUAGGAAACUGCCUUAUUAGUCCAUCCCACUCUGCAUUGUCUAGACUAGACUGGCAGUAUGAUAGCCAGGGUUUCAGACGGGGCAUUCCUAGUUCUACCUAGAGAUGCCAAGAACCUGGAACUACAGCUCCACUAAGCCAUGACCCUUCCCCCUCUUUGUGUCUCAGCCAAUGAGGUACCUCGAUCUGGAGGAGCAUCACAUGCUUAGCUCACUGACUUAGAGAGCAAAGAAUAUGCAGUUCUUUCAAAAUGCACCCUUCUACCCUGCACGCACACACAAUCUGCAACAAACUCUUACUUCCCAAUGCCAGCACUUUAUUCAGUGCCUGGCGCUUCAGAAUACUUGAGCCAAACCGUAAUGCAAUGUAUCAACUCUACAAUUUUAUUAUCCUUUUAAAAAAAUGCUUGUAAAACUUUCUUUGUUUUAUUGUUGCCAUUUUGUGCUGGUGGCUCUGGGGGGCCCUUCCCAUGCUAAUUCUGUGACAUGAGAGCUGUUGCAGUACAGCUGCCUUCGGCACCACAAACCCCAAUACUGUAUCACAAGUAUUGCCUUGAAAAACGUGGGGCAAUGCUGACACGGGAAGGAGCUUCGAAUACGGCGCUCCCAUCUGACAUUACCCGAAUGGUGGGGGCAGCGCUUGCAACAGCUUCCGUGCUGUGAAGGGGGCCUGAGUUUCUAAUUCCCAGCUAACACUUCAUUUUCAAUGCUAGCCUAUGUUAUAAAAGGGACCAAUCCUAAACCCUCACAAUAAUCCUCACUUAAACUCUUAAUAGUGGUUGUGCAUUAGGGAAGUCUGUUUGAAAAGUACAAACAUGAGCUUCCUUUUCUUCCAGUAAUCAGUUGUCCAUUUAUUAUGCAGAAGGCAAAAAGAAAGACAUUUAAAAACAUCUGCCUUACUGCAUUUUCUUUGUAUAAAAUAACAUUUGGUGUGGGUUUUUUUUGCUUUUCUUUCCAAAACCAAGAUUCCCACAAGACCACGUGUACUCUGCCAUCUGCAGGGGAACUGAAACAAUCGUGUACAAAACUUGGUUGUGCAAAUUUUGAACAGUUAAACUUUUAGCAAUCAGUUUCUGAAAGUGUUUAUCAAGACAGAUGCCUAGCUUGGCGUUUCUCAUAACAUGAAUGAAGUAAGUGGCAAAAAAUAGCAUUUAAUGGAUGCAAGUUGCAUCCAGGAUUACACAAUCCCUUUUUAAACCAUAACUGGUGGUCUUGUUCCAUAGCCCCCAAAAAGGGACAAUGAUGAAAAUCUGUAUGGAAUUUUAAAAUGACUUCCACUUUCUUAAACAUUCAUAUAUAUUUCUUCUGUAAUGCUUUUUGCAAUAAGAGAACAGAAAAGACUUAAAAGUGUGUAAAGUUUAAACCAAAAAGCAUUUUCAGUCUACAUCUGCUUAACUUGCUUUGGAUUUAAAGUGUUGGUAAUUUUUUUGUCACUUAUCUUGCCAAAGAAUGUUUGAUUCCUUAGUUCUUUGUAUUGUUUCUGCAAUCUCUCUCUUUAUCCACCAAUACCAAAGCUGGAAGAAAUGAAACCCAUUUUCUUUCAAUAUCUGAUAAGUUAUAGACUGGGUUUGUUUCAAAUGACAUCAGGAAAGGUUUGCCCAUUAUUGUGUUUAAAGUUUCUCAAUAAAUCUCAAAACAGCAUUAUACUUACC